CACCGUGUGUGUUACAAUGUCGACACCUGUGUACAGUCAUGUUUCCUCAGUGUAGCCUGCAGCAAGCACCAUGACCGGACUACGCCAACUUAAGACACAGCUUGUACACCCCUGUCGUGUACUCGGACGGGGCGCCGUGGCACGCUUGACCCUUCUUGUCGGUGUGGGUGUUCUGGUUUUGCUACUUUUCCAUCAGACAAAUGAUUCUUUUGCAGAUAAACUAGAAAUAACAACUCCUAAACCUAUAACCACCACGACAUUAAAGCCACGGGUGAUGUUACCAGGUGGCGUGAAAGAUGAAUCAGAGUUGUUCAAAAUGGAAUAUAAAUAUGAAUAUGGGAUACCGAAUUAUGCACUGGUCGUUGAGAAGGUCAAGAAAGUAGUAUACAAACCAAUCAAGGUAUCCACAAAGUUAAAAUCUUUUAAAAAGCGACCCUUGAAGAGACUUGCAUGGUUAAAUAAUCCAACCUGGAUGAAAGUGAAAGAGUACAAUGAUUUCUCGAUGUGUGCAGUCAGCGACUGUGUUAUGUCCCUCAAUAGAAGCGAUGUACCCACGGCCGACGUUGUCUUGGUUCAUAUCGACUUAGUGAAGGACGAUGCCGUACCAAAUAAUAACCCAGACCAGAUCUGGGUGUUCUACACAGCCGAGACAAUUUACCAGUUUUAUAACCCUAGAGCCAUUCAACGGGCGGACUGGAUUGGAAGAUUCAACUGGACAUUAUCCUUCCGGAUGGAUUCUGACGUCGUCUCUACGUACUCCAGACUCACCCUCAAAGACGACUUUGUCGACACCGCUAACUACACCGACAUCGUCCUAAGGAAGACCAGGUCUGUGCUGUGGUUCGUCAGUCACUGUGACACUCAGAGUAAACGGAAGGAAUACGUUGAGGAACUGAGAAAGUACAUAGAUGUGGAUAUAUACGGUCAUUGUGGCAAUCUGACAUGUAAAGGACAACAGUGUGAGGAUUUGUGGAAUAAGUACUGGUUCUAUUUGUCUUUUGAAAACUCAAUGUGCAAGGAUUACGUAACCGAAAAGUUUUACAACGCAUUUAACAAAAGAAUCGUUCCAGUAGUUCGAGGGGGUGCAGACUACCGUACCCUGUUCCCCCCAGACUUGUACAUCAACACAGCAGAUUUCCCCAGUCCCAGAGCUCUGGCAGAACAUCUCAAGGCUCUGCAGCAAGACCUACCUGGCUAUACUAAGAUCCUCAGGAACAUGGCUAAGUACAAGCCUGGCGGGAACUUUCUGAAAGGUAUCCCAUUUAUAUGUGACAUGUGUGCCAAGUUACAUCAGCCUCUGGUGAGACAAACGUACCAGAAUAUAUACAAAUGGUGGACUGAGGGGAUUUGUUAUGAUCCCAAGGACUACUAGAGUCGAAAUUCGUCUUCCACUUCCUGGCACUCUCGCAUUUAUUACAGUAAGGAAAUGCUGACUUAGCGUUAGUCUAUCAUGAACCAACAGUACCAUGAAUUGAUAGUUAUACAACCUGGAGGGGAGUGUUGUAUGUCACGUCAAUAACGUAGAUGAAUAUUCAGAUAUCUAAACCAGUAUCUGUCUUUGGACCUACAAAUUUGUGAUCUGAUGUGUGUCUCAGAAUAUGUGUAUGGGUUCCAGAUAUAUGGAUAUAUAUGGAUACACAGUUACACAAUAUUAAGAGUGUGUGCUGUGGCAAUGCAUGUAACAGUGGAAAUGAACUGAUGAAUGAUGCUUUCCCCAAUUGCUUGUCUGUAAUCAUGACAUAAAUAUGUGUUGAUGUUUCACGAUGAACCCUUGCUGUCUAGCUUAUCAGAUGAGCAGCAUCCCUUGUUGGAUCUCGACAUGUGGAUAUAACACCAGCUGAAUGUUAUGAUAUACAUGUAUUUGGAUUGUGCUGUGUGUGUGAUGAAAUGCAAUGCCUGGCUGUCUAGCUUAAGAGAGACGAAAACAAUCUGGUUGAGUUUUGAUCAUUGAGUUGUACAAGUGGAUAUAACACCAGCUGAGUGUUAUAAGACUGUGUAUAUAAGGACAUUCAACACCUUACUGACAUGCAAUAUAGUAAUCUAUAUUACUGCAAAUAUGUUCAGUUGUACCACACAGUUAUGUCGGCAGUUAUACCUACCUACAGUAUGUGACAAUAUGUGUAUCUACACCAAACGUACACCGACAAUUGGUGCAGAUAUUAUCAUACCGAGUAUAUGUGCAGUUAUACCUACCGACAAUAUGUGCAGUUAUACCAUACCGACAAUAUGUGCAGCUACAUCACGUGUACACCGACAAUUAGUGCACUUAUACCACACCGACAAUAUCUACAGGUAAAAUGUGCAGUUAUAAACAACUGGCAUUAUAUACCUCACGACUCUGCGCUGACCAUAUGUGCAGAUAUACCACACAACACCUUGCUGGAUAUAUGUGCAGAUAUACCACACAACACCUUGCUGGAUAUAUGUGCAGAUAUACCACACAACACCUUGCUGGAUAUAUAUGCAGAUAUACCACACGACACCAUGCUGGAUAUAUGUGCAGAUAUACCACACGACACCAUGCUGGAUAUAUGUGCAGAUGUACCACACAGCACCAUGCUGACAAUAUGUAUAGCUAUACCACUCUAACAACAUUUGCAGAUAUACCACAGGACACCAUGCUGACAAUAUGUAUAGCGAUACCACUCUAACAAUUUGUGCAGAUAUGCCACACGACACCAUGCUGGAUAUAUGUGCAGAUGUACCACACAGCACCAUGCUGACAAUAUGUAUAGCUUUACCACUCUAACAACAUGUGCAGAUAUACCACACGACACCAUGCUGGAUAUAUUUGCAGAUGUACCACACAGCACCAUGCUGACAAUAUGUAUAGCUAUACCACUCUAACAACAUGUGCAGAUGUACCACACAGCACCAUGCUGACAAUAUGUGCAGAUAUACCACAGGACACCAUGCUGACAAUAUGUAUAGCUAUACUACUCUAACAACAUGUGCAGAUAUACCACACAACAUCAUGCUGGAUAUAUGUGCAGAUAUACCACACAGCACCAUGCUGACAAUAUGAAUAGCUAUACUACUCUAACAAUAUGUGCAGAUAUACCACAGGACACCAUGCUGACAAUAUGUAUAGCUAUACCACUCUAACAACAUGUGCAGAUAUACCACACGACACCAUGCUGGAUAUAUGUGCAGAUGUACCACACAGCACCAUGCUGACAAUAUGAAUAGAUAUACCAAGCACCACCAUGCUGACAAUAUGUGUAGAUAUAACACACAACACCAUGCUGACAAUAUGUGUAGAUAUACCAAGCACCACCAUGCUGACAAUAUGUGUAGAUAUACCACACAACACCAUGCUGACAAUAUGUGUAGAUAUACCACGCACCACCAUGCUGACAAUAUGUGUACAUAUACCACACAAAACCAUGCUGUCAAUAUGUGGAGAUAUACCACACGACACCAUGCUGACAAUAUGUGUAGCUAUACCACUCUAACAAUAUGUGUAGAUCUACCACACGACAUCAUGCUGACAAUAUGUGUAGCUAUACCACUCUAACAAUAUGUGUAGAUAUACCACACGACACCAUGCUGACAAUAUGUGUAGAUAUACCACUCUAACAAUAUGUGUAGAUAUACCACACGACACCAUGCUGACAAUAUGUGUAGAUAUACCAAGCACCACCAUGCUGACAAUAUGUGCAGAUAUACCACACGACACCAUGCUGACAAUAUGUGUAGCUAUACCAUUCUAACAAUAUGUGUAGAUAUACCACACGACACCAUGCUGACAAUAUGUGUAGAUAUACCACUCUAACAAUAUGUGUAGAUAUACCACACGACACCAUGCUGACAAUAUGUGUAGAUAUACCACUCUAACAAUAUGUGUAGAUAUACCACACGACACCAUGCUGACAAUAUGUGUAGAUAUACCACUCUAACAAUAUGUGUAGAUAUACCACACGACACCAUGCUGACAAUAUGUGUAGAUAUACCAAGCACCACCAUGCUGACAAUAUGUGCAGAUAUACCACACGACACCAUGCUGACAAUAUGUGUAGCUAUACCACUCUAACAAUAUGUGUAGAUAUACCACACGACACCAUGCUGACAAUAUGUGUAGAUAUACCAAGCACCACCAUGCUGACAAUAUGUGCAGAUAUACCACACGACACUAUGCUGACAAUAUGUGUAGAUAUACCACACAGCACCAUGCUGACAAUAUGUGUAGAUAUACCACGCACCACUCUGACAACAUGUGUAGUUAUUACAUACCGACAAAUUAUGUAAUUAUACCAUAUCGACAAUAUGAGCAUAUAUGUCAAUCUGGAUCUUUCUGUUCAUUUAAAUAUAGGACAUGUCUCUUCUACACAUUAUCAAGCAUGUAAAGUAUGCCAUUGGUAUAGGCGAGCUGAACGGAGUUAACAGUUGGAAGUAAAUGUAUGGUAUCAAACAGAUUUGUAUCAGUCGUGGUCAUUGAUAGAUUAGUGAAGUUACGGUGAUAGCAGUUUGUUAUUAUGUUGGGUAAUAAAGACAAUGGAGAACAA